UGCUGGAGGGAGACAACUGCGUGUUCGACGGAAUGAUUUAUCGCAACGGGGAGACGUUCCAGCCCAGCUGCAAGUACCAGUGCACCUGCCGAGACGGGCAGAUCGGCUGCCUGCCCCGCUGUAACCUGGACCUGCUGCUCCCCGGCCCCGACUGCCCGGUCCCCAGGAAAGUCGAAGUCCCUGGAGAGUGCUGUGAGAAGUGGAUCUGUGACCCUAAAGAUGAAGUGAUUUUGGGAGGUUUUGCCAUGGCUGCCUACAGACAAGAGGCCACACUUGGGGUCGAUGUGUCAGAUUCAAGUGCCAAUUGUAUUGAGCAGACAACAGAAUGGAGUGCUUGUUCCAAAAGCUGUGGAAUGGGCUUCUCCACCCGUGUUACCAACAGAAAUCAACAGUGUGAGAUGGUGAAGCAGACACGGCUUUGCAUGAUAAGACCUUGUGAAAAUGAAGAGCCAUCUGAUAAGAAAGGGAAGAAAUGUAUGAGGACAAAGAAGUCCCUGAAAGGUGUUCGCUUUGAGUACAAGAACUGCAGCAGCGUGCAGAGUUACAAGGCUCGUUACUGCGGGCUCUGCAGCGACGGGCGGUGCUGUACCCCACACAGCACCAAAACAGUGCAAGUUGAGUUCCGCUGUCCGCAGGGCAAAAUCCUAAAGAAGCCAAUGAUGUUGAUCAACACUUGUGUCUGUCAUAACAACUGUCCUCAGAGUAACAAUGCUUUCUUCCAGCCGUUAGAUCUGACAUCUAGUGAAGCAAAAAUAUGAAAAGCGUAGAUUAAGUAGCACAAAAGGUAUGAAUAGUUUAUACAAAACUUGACCCACAUCAGGUGAAUGUAACAAUGGCAUAUGUAAAAUAUGUUUUUCGAAACAGUCUAGGCGCUUUCUUUUUUCCUGUAGUUUAUUAAAUACCUCAUGUUACAUUUUCCUCCUCCAAAUGACUUUCAUUCACUUGAAGGAAAUUUUGUACCUUGGACAGAGUCUUCUGUUUUUUUCUUGGCAGUGGCAUGAAGGUCACAAAGCAAACAGCUAGACUUUCUGCUUGAGUUAAGAGGACCGUGCCACAGGUUUCCGGCUGGGCUCUUUAAGAGUAAAUGGAUUCCUUGGAGAA